AAAUUCGAAAUAUAAGACAACUUUUAUCCCGCACAAUGACCUGAAUUCGGACAAGAAUUUAUUCCAAAAUCAGGGUCGAGGAUGGGAAUAUGAUACCCGCCCUGAACCCGCUGCCAAUAUAUAUAUAUUGCCAUGCCUAAAUCUUUGUAUAAAACUUCCUCUCAAUUUCUAGGGUUCUUUCUCCAGCAAUCAAAUUCGGAGUUUCAUCGACGUUUCGAAUCAGUUCGAGUAUUUCCACUUUCCAGUGCUUCUCCCGGAUAAGCUUCGUCAGUCCGUUCUCUGUUCCUUUUCUCAUUCAAUGUUCGGUUUUUUCUGCAAAAGACUUCUGCAAGUAAAACCCACUGAAUCAACGAGCAGAAGCCAUGUUUAUUUUCUUUGUACAAUAUCAUCUCCGAAAUCGGUCUCAAACAUCUCAAGCUCCUCCGGGGACCAACCUUCUUCUUUCACAGUCUCCUACCUCAUGGAAUCAUGCGGCAUGUCGUUAGAAUCCGCUAUUUCCACAGCAAACAAACUCCGCAUUCAGAACAAAGAGAAAGMAGAUUCGGUGAUUGAGCUCUUAGGAACGCAUGGCUUCACCCAAGCGGACAUUGCGCACAUUAUCGCCAGGAACCCUAGACUGCUUCUAUCAAAUGCAGGCAGCACUCUUAAGCCCAAAUUGGAGUUCCUUGAAACCUUUGGCAUUUCGAGGUCUGAUCUUCCCAGGAUCGUCUCUUUGGAUACGUGUUUUCUACAAGGUAGCUUAGAAAACCAAAUCAUCCCGGCUCUUUCUUUCCUUAAAGGCUUGAUUCGCAACCACGAGGACUUAAUCUAUUCCUUAAAGCAAUCAACCCGCCUUGUUAAAUGCAACCUACAGAAUGUGACACAGCCUAACAUAAAUGCCCUGCGAGCUCACGGUGUGCCCGAGUCCAAUAUUGCGAGAUUGAUCGUAAUGCGGCCUGAUUCAGUCUCCCUGAAGGCUGAAGACUUUAAAGAAGCUGUGGAGAGGGUUAAAGAAAUGGGCUUUGAUCCCACAAGCCGCUCAUUCGUCCUCGCUGUUCGCUCGGUGACGGGGAUGAGUAAAUUGAAUUGGGAAAGGAAGGUCAACACUUUGAAGAGGUCAGGUUGGUCCGAGGAUGACGUUCUCAUGGCUUUCAGAGUACAGCCAAUUUUUAUGCUCAGUUCAGAGAAGAAAAUGGGUAUCUUGAUGGAGUUCUUUGUGAGCAAGCUAGGUUUGAAACCUUCCGAUAUUGCAAAAUGUCCGAACUUGUUCUUGAGUAGUUUGGAGAAGAGAAUCAUUCCAAGGUGUUCAGUCCUGCAGGUUCUAAUGUCCAAAGGACUUAUUGAGAAAGAUGUGAACGUGGUGUGGGUUUUAAAUAGAACGAAACAGAUAUUUGAGAACAGAUUUGUGAUCCCAUAUCAAGAUGUAGCUGUGGAGGUAAAGAAAGCAUAUCAAGGUGUGAUACCAUUUCUAGGAUUAGAUACCGGGUCUGGAGAUAUUAAUGUCGACAAGUAAUUGCAGGAAUCCUACAUGUCAACAAUCUCGGAGGACACAGGCAAGUUUUGGGUGGAGGUGUCUUGGUGGAGGUUAAUUGCCACAGUUGGCUGGCAGAAAUUUUGGUGUGUGUUUGGAUUGGCGGGAAGAUGGUGGUGGUGGUGGAGAGCUGGCGCCUGAGGGCUUGAAGACGGUUCAGUUACCAUUACUGGCUCUAUGCAUGCUUUAAUUACAAUGGUGGUGGUGUCAUGGGGUGUAUGCUGUUGGGGCUAUGGAAUACAAUCUUCGCCUAGUGGAUUUUGCAAGAGAUGGGUGUAGGCAAGUUUGGUGAAGGUUGCACAUGUUUCAUCCAAAAAGAAAGAAAAGAAAAGGAGUUGCCAUUUCUGACUCGGAACCAUAAACAUUCUGGAUGUAAAGGCUUGUUUUGCAGCAUGUAUAACUGCCUUUUCAAUGCAUCGGUUCACAGUUUGUAUGGAUUUAGGGAUGUUAAAGUAUGGCCCCUGCAAAAAAAAAAAGGUUUGAGUUACGAACAGAUUGAGUUUUAUAUGUUUCAUACCCAGUUUAUCUCAUUUUUUCAA